GUCCAAAGGGACGGUUCGAAGUGGAGAAGAAAAUAAAACGAAGGAAAGGGACGAGAGGCCUAAGCGAACAAGCAAAGAAUCAAAAGUCAAUUUGGGGAAUUGCGAUUCGUGAUUACGUUGUUUCCUCUGUUUUUAAGGUUUAGGGAGUUUUCUUCCUUUUCAGUUUGACGCAGCUUACUUUCUCGUCUACCAAAUAGAAUACACACAUACAUCCAACCAGAAAAAGCAUAAUCAACUACCUUCAAACCCUUUAUCAACUUUUCCCUCUUUCUUUCUCUCUCUCCAAGGUACAAUUCAUCGGCAGGGGGCAUCAGUAGCUGGCCAGAGUCGGAGAGGGAGCAAGCAUGGCUAAUAAUGCUGCAGCAUAUGUUGAAAGGGCGACCAGUGAUAUGCUGAUUGGUCCAGACUGGGCAUUAAACAUAGAGUUAUGCGACAUUAUUAACAUGGAUCCUGGGCAAGCAAAGGAUGCCCUGAAGCUGCUUAAGAAACGGUUGGGGAGUAAAAAUCCCAAAAUACAACUUCUUGCAUUAUUUGUGCUAGAGACACUCAGCAAAAACUGUGGGGAGAAUCUAUUUCAACAGAUCAUUGAGCGUGAUAUAUUACAUGAAAUGGUCAAGAUAGUGAAAAAGAAGCCCGACUUAAAUGUGAGAGAAAAGAUAUUAAUUCUGAUAGAUACGUGGCAAGAAGCUUUUGGGGGACCUGGAGGGAGAUAUCCUCAGUACUAUGCUGCAUACCAUGAACUGAGGUCGGCUGGAGUAGAAUUCCCACCCCGAGCAGAGAACAGUGUACCCUUGUUUACUCCACCCCAAACUCAGGCAAUAGUUCAUUCUGCUCCAAUGUAUGAUUCUGCUCCAACGUAUGAUGAUGCAGCUGUUGAGGCUUCUCUUCAAUCUGAUGCAUCUGGUCUCAGUUUGCCCGAGAUUCAAAAUGCUCGUGGACUAGCAGAUGUUUUAAUGGAUAUGCUUAACGCAUUGGAUCCAAAAAGUCCUGAGGGUGUAAAGCAAGAUCUGAUAGUUGACUUUGUUGACCAGUGCAAGUCUUAUCAGAAGCGUGUGAUGAUUCUUGUUAACAGUACAACAGAUGAAGAGCUUCUAUGUCAGGGGUUGGCAUUGAAUGAUGAACUACAGCGUGUGCUUUGCCGGCAUGAUGACAUAGUGAAAGGAACCCUUAAUGUGGGUGGUGGAGAGACAGAAACCUCAUUUGCACCUCUUGUGAAUGUCAGCCAUGAGGAUGAUGAAUCAGAAGAUGAUUUUGCCCAACUAGCUCACAGAUCUUCAAGGGACACUGCACAAGGGCAGUCUAGGAAACCUAGCAAUGGUAAAAACGAGCAGCAUGUUAGCCCACUCCUUCCUCCACCCCCUUCGUCAAAAUGGCCAGUUAGUACAGAUGCUGGCAUGGUUGAUUAUCUCAGUGGUGAUGUCUCCGAGCCAAAGCCUUCUGCAGUUCCUUUUCAUUUGGGCAACACACAGACAAGCUCCCUAUCUCCUCCCUUGCAUGCAAAGGACUCAACCUCGUCUUCCAAGUUACCUGGACCGCCCAAAUAUGAUGAACCUCUGCAAACUUCCAAAUCUACUGAGAAACUACCACCAGCCCCUUGGGAUGUCCAGUCUCCAACCCCGCUGCCGCCCCCACCUUCUAAAUAUAAUCAGAGACAGCAGUUCUUCGAACAACAGCACGCUGUGCCAGCUGGUGCUUCACAUAAUGGUAGUGGAUCAGGAUUUUCACAUGAUGGGUUAGUCGGACGGACACAGAGUCUUUCCCUUAAUCAUGGGAAGACAAACUCUCAGGACUCGACCACCUCAACAAAACCAGAGGAUGCACUCUUCAAAGAGUUGGUCGACUUUGCAAAGUCCAAGACCUCAUCUUCAUCUAAACCCGGUAGUAAUAGGUCAUAUUGAACUUUAGUUAGGGGCUCUGGAUUACUCAUUAGCAUUACCUUGCAUGCAUGCUUAUUGGUUCAUGUGGCUUUCGUUAAAUAAAAGUAGACGAUGGGAGUGGUUGUCUAUGUUAUUUGAUGCAGGUUUUGAUAUGUUUCCAUGGGGGUUAGUUUUUAAAGAUUGGUGAGACUGGGUUGACGAAUAUUUUUGGUUGCCCCAAUGUUGCCAAAGAGAGGUGUAUUCUUCAUUCGAGAUGGCGUGCUUGUAUUAUAGUAUUGUUUUGUUCUU